AUGCAUAUUUGUACUCUCAGAAUGAAGAAAUUUAGUUCUAAAUACUUCAUCCUGUUACUUCUCCUUUUAUGUCCCUGCCGCAUGUUCAUUUUGCCUAAAAAUAUAGGAAAUAUAUCGUCAGAAAGUGCAUUUUUCAUUUCUAAUUGGCUACUCAGUGCUCAUAACUUUUCAGUUGUAUCUGAUCCACUUGUAGAUGAUGUUGAUUUAGAUGGGAAAGUUGAUGUUUAUUUUUCUACAGUAGAUGGUACACUUUAUGGUAUCAAAAAUGUUUUCAAAUGUAUCACAGAAAGAGCAUGUACUGCAUAUCAUGGAAACUGGCCUAUAAUGCACACCAAUGAAAUAUUCUUCUCACCUCCUCAUCCAGUUGACUUAUAUGGAAAUGGUGAAAAGUUAAUCAUUUUUACUAGUCAUCAUGGGACAGUGUUUACUUAUGAUCAUCUUGGCAAUACAGUCUCACAUUUUCAAAUCCCAGAUAUUAUUAUUCGUGAUCGAAAUACUCUAUUCACUAAGAAUAUUGAUCAGAAUUUAAUGGAUUCUAUACGAUGGGCUUCUGUGGAUGAUGGUGAUGAUGACGACAGGAAAAAGAAUCUUCGUUUACAUCCAUUGGUUUAUGGGACUCCUCAACUGCUUACAACUAUUAUUAAUCCAUCAUCAGCGUAUAUAGAAGAUGCUAAUAGUUUUUUGUAUACAACUGAUCUCAUGCAUAUAGCAGUCAAUUUUAUCACCUAUCCAUAUGAUCCAAUAGCCAAGAAUGAAUCCACAUUAGGCGUACUAAUAGCAACUGUCGUCAAUAUACCACGAUGUGCUCUACUGUCGCUGCCCAAUUUACAAUUAAAUGAUAUCGAUUCUUGUCUACCGCAUUUUAAAGUGUUGGAAGUUGACUGGUUAUCGUCUAAAUUACCACCGUAUAUCUUUUCAUCACCGACAAUCAGUGCUAAUUUAUUCGAGGAGACUCGUGUCAAAGAGUACUACUCACAGAUACCUAGUUAUUAUAGUUAUAUAACUACAUUCAGUGGAAAACUCCACGUCAUUAAAUUAUCAACAUUGAAUAAUGGAAAGGAGAAAAUGAAGAAGAGGAGGAGGAGAGAAAGGAGCGCUAGUGUUAUUUCAAUUGCUUAUACUUUGCGUAUUACCCCAACAUCUUUCUCAUGUAUACCGUCACCGUGUCCAAGAGGAGGAGAUAAUACAAGUCAAAAUGUAUUUCUUCAGUCAACUAGUGUACGUUCUUGUUGUCUCCUAUUGGAUAUACAUUCAUGUCUACGUCUUGUGCAUAUUUUACCAAUGAGAGCUUAUAAUCGUCAUCCACAAAUUUAUUGGACAUAUUGUCCCAUAGUGGCAUCAUCAUCAUCAUCAUUGAAUGUCAGUCAUGAACAAGUCAGUCAGGUGACAGUUGUACCUGGUUGUCAACAAAUGCAGACAUGUUCACCUUGGUCAGUGUAUACAACACCAGAUGGUUAUGCACAUGCUAUCGACAUAGAGACGGGAUUAUCAGCACCAGGAUAUCCGAUUAAUCUGUAUGCUGGAUUGCCUAAUGUGACAGAUCUGUCUACAAGUACAGGAUUAUUAUAUCAAAGGGAGGAUAUGAUCUAUUGGAUGCUUUUUACAGAUGCCUAUUCAAAUUUGAUUCAUUUACGAUUGCAUAAUCCAUUCGUGACAGUGUCCUACAAUGGUAUUAUUAAUAAUGAUAAUAAUAAUUGCUCACAUCAGCAUAUGUCAGUUCAAUCGUCAUCAUCAUCCUAUUUCACCAGACUGGUACCAUUCACAAGUUUAGCAUCGUCGAAAUCUCCUUCAUUUCUAUUAUUAUCACGUAAUGGUUUACAAGUGUUGACUAGCAAAUCCUUUCAACAUGCAUCUAUGCCAGUUUCAUUGAUGGCUUAUUCAAAAUAUACUACUGACAAACCGGUUGUCAAUGAUGCUGACAAUGAAAGAAGUUCUUUACAAUUUAUAACUGUUGAAUUUGUUAAUGAUCAGUCUUUUGAUCCAAUGGAGUUGGUUACACUGAAUGAAAAUAAAAAGACAAUAAGUUAUCUCAUAAAGGAUUGCUCUUUUCGUCAUCACCAACAUCGACAUCAAUCAAAUGCAUCAUCGUCAUUGUCAUCCAGCAUUAAUCAGACACGACUGGCUAAACGAUUUCUAGUUCGACUCGUAACCUCUUUCGGUGUCCCAUUAUCUCAUUGGUCAAUUGUCUAUGUGACACCGCAUCCGGACAUAAAACAGUGCGGCGCCUGUGAUUGUACCCUUGGUUAUCUGUCGGUUGAGAGCACGCCCAUGGGACAGCAUAUCAGUGAAUUAUACCUAUCGGUUAUUGAUUCGACGAGCGGUUAUUUUAUAGCCUUUAAUAAUGACUACAACAAUAAUAAUCCAAGGUCAUCAUCAUCAUCCUCCGGCCAUUAUGGAUAUGCCGCGGAAGUGUCCGCUUCAACUCUCCUCAUUAUUGGUGCUAAUCAAACUCAGUUCAUUAUUAGUCUAAUUUAUCUGCCUAUAGUUUAUUUAUGUAUUGAAUUGUUUAUCAUGCAUCAUUGGUUCUUCUCAUCCACGAUGACGACGACGACGAAGACAACGACGGCUACGGGGAUGUCGACGUUGACAGCGAGACAAUGGAAUACUCCAUCUUGGUUGGAAAAACGAAUAAAAGUGUGA